UUCUAUCUUACUUGACCUGCCUUACGGCAUCCCAGCGCGAACACACCAUGGCCGGGUCCUUGCGCACCCCGCUGUUCCUGCUAGCCGCUGUGGCCCUGACUCUGGCCCUGGCUGUGAGUCCCGGGACCGGCAGGAGAAACAACAAGUCUGCACUGGUGGGCGCCCCGUUGGACGCCGACGUCAACGAGGAGGGCGUGCAGCAGGCGCUGAACUUCGCCCUCAGCGAGUACAACAAGGCGAGCAACGACGCGUACCACAGCCGUGCGAUGCGGGUGGUGCGUGCCCGAAAGCAGGUCGUGGCUGGGAUGAACUACUUCUUGGACGUGGAGAUUGGACGAACCAGAUGUACCAAGUCCCAGCCCAACUUGGACACCUGUCCCUUUCAUGACCAGCCACACCUGAUGAGGAAAACGCUCUGCUCUUUCCAGAUAUACACUGUACCCUGGAUGGGCAAGACAUCCCUGGUGAAGUCCAGCUGCCAGGAUGCAUAGAGGACCCUGUGACAGGCUGGGUUGCUCUGACCCCCUUCUCCCACCCCGCUCCCCCCUUGUAGAACUCCUAAUCCUUGGAAGGGUGGCCCUGUCCAGGUGAUGUCCCCUCAGUGUGCUGGUCCCAGGAGACAAAUAGAAAAGGGUUCUGGGGCAUUUUCUGAACAGCUAAGUGACUGUAACUCCUUUCUUUUAAUUGUUUUCCAAAUGUACUAGUAUGUAGUGCACUUGUUCUGCUCUAUCUUCAUCAAUAAAAAGUAACAUCAGCUA